UCGUCCAACCAAUUCAUUCAACUUCAACAAAAUGAAAGAGGGCACAAUUAGCCUUUUAGCUCUUGUGGCUUUGUUCCUCCUUAAGGUGGUCUUAGCCGAUGAGCUAUCUCUUCCCUUUCAUAUGCCAAUCAAUGAAACCUUUGACCUUGAAGUAUUUCAAGGUAAUGCAUUAGUCGGCGUGUACUCACAUCGACGAUGUGGAAAGGGAUUUGGUGGCCAAAAAUGUAUUGAACCUGGAGAGUGUUGUAGUAUUUGGGGUUGGUGCGGAGCCCAACCAAAGUAUUGUGAUCCUUCAUAUUGUCAAAGUCAAUGUGUUAAACCAUCUCGACCUCCACCCUCGCCUCCACCUCCACCCCCAUCCCCACCUCCACCCUCACCUCCACCUCCACCUCCAUCCCCACCCCCACCUUCACCCUCACCUCCACCCCCACCUCCAUCUACAUACCCACGAUGUGGAAGGCAAGGUGGUGGAGGAAAAUGUAUUAAAAUCGGAGAGUGUUGUAGUAUUUAUGGUUGGUGUGGAACCACAUCAGCUUAUUGUGCUCCUGGAAAUUGUCAAAGUCAAUGUGUUAAACCAUCUCCACCUCCACCCUCGCCUCCACCUCCACCCCCAUCCCCACCUCCACCUCCACCUCCAUCCCCACCCCCACCUUCACCCUCACCUCCACCCCCAUCUCCAUCUGCAUAUCCACGAUGUGGAAGGCAAGGUGGUGGAGGAAAAUGUAUUAAAACCGGAGAGUGUUGUAGUAUUUAUGGUUGGUGUGGAACCACAUCAGCUUAUUGUGCUCCUGGAAAUUGUCAAAGUCAAUGUGUUAAACCAUCUCCACCUCCACCAUCGCCUUCACCUCCACCCCCAUCCCCACCUCCACCUCCAUCCCCACCCCCACCUUCACCCUCACCUCCACCCCCACCUCCAUCUGCAUACCCACGAUGUGGAAGGCAAGGUGGUGGAGGAAAAUGUAUUAAAACCGGAGAGUGUUGUAGUAUUUAUGGUUGGUGUGGAACCACAUCAAAUUAUUGUGCUCCUGGGAAUUGUCAAAGUCAAUGCAAAAGUACUCUAACCUCAUCAGCCAACAAUCGUAUGAGAGGUAUUGAAAGCUUCUAGCUCAAUGUUGUCAACAUAUAUAUAUAUGCUAGCUCAUGUAUUCCCAAUUACUAGCUAGCUAGAGGAUGUACUCUUACGCCUCUUUUGAGACUGGUGAAGUGAUGGAAUAAUAAUGUGUGUAAUGAUAAUGCAUAUAAAAUGCAUUAAGUAAUAUAAUAAAUAAAGGAGUGCUUUAAUUUUAUCUAAAUUAAAA